GUCUAACGCUUACCUGAGUCACCCAGUCGCCCCUAGACAGGUAAUUUUUAUUCACCAAAUGGUUCUUUAUUCUUGUUUUAAAGAAAGCCAAAGAGAGAGAAUGCCCUCUGCCUAGAAUUAACCACCUAUGAAUAAUAGUUUUCAUUGUUUAGGGUUUUGCAGUUUGUGGAAUAUUUUUUUUACCUGCCAUUUUUUCAUCCCACAAAUACUGCGUACCUUUUACAUCCCUGUUUUAUAGAUGAGAGAACCAAGGAACACAUUAACUAAAUGCUUAAAAUCACAAGCAGAUUAUUGACAGGACUAAUUAAAAUUAGGUUCCCAGACUGCUAGUCCUGUCCAAUAUAUUAACAUGACCCCAAGUCAACUUUGUAUAUACAUCAUGGUAUAUAAUGUAUUUCUUAGAAGAUCUACCCACAGUCCGCUAGGUUUGUUUACCUUAAUAAUAUUGCUCUAUUUUGUUACCUAUCGUAACUUCUUUUUAAGGGCAUUUUCAGUGCCUGGGGAAAUGUAUACGUGCUCUGAAGUGCAGCCAGGUGUAUACAUGUGCAGGUGCACAGGGAACAUGCACCCUCAGCCUUCCUAUUUAGUCUGAGCAGGAAGGAAUUGAAACUUGAUGCCUGUGCCCAGAGCACAUUCUCUAACAUUCUGGCGUGGUUGUGUGAUUCUAAAAAUGAUGUUCACACCCGGGCAGGUGACCUAAACAGUCCGCGGCCUCUGCGUCACAGGACAUUACAGCUGUGAAGUCUUACAUAACUCUUGGCAUUGAGGUUCAAAAAUGGAUCACUUUGCUCACAUAGUCUUCACGGACCUGUCCAAGUGGUUUAUAUUCGCCUACUGGCUCUAGCUCUACUCAUGAGACAUGCGCAUGGAAUGUUCCUGCUGUUCUUCAGCCCCCUUGUUUACAGGCAUUCCAGCCUCCUUGCUGUAUACCCAGAGGCUCCCAAAGCCGCAGCUGUCAGGAUUCUAAUCCCUUCCACAAGGACUCGCUGCCAGUGUAUACAGUAGCAAAGUGCGUGCUUCUGGGCUCGCCUUUCAUGCAUCCUCAGUGGUCUCUCCAGCAAAACAAAAGUUGUGGAUGAUACUUUUUAAACUUCUAGAAACUCAGCCCACCUGUUUAGUUUUCAAGAAAUGAUCAAGAAAACGUCAAUAUAUAGCCAUCCAUUAGUUCAUCACUUAAUGGAUUCAGGAACUCAAAAAGAGAAGAGAGAUGAUGACAGCAAGAAAGUGGUUGCAGAGAUCAUGGCAAGAUGUUUUGUUCCAAGUUUAAUAACAACCACCUCCUGGGAGGGAUUUCAUUUUGUUGGUCAUGAGAUUCGAAUUACUGAAGCCAUGGAUUCUUACGGUGCUGUCGUUUGGCCAUCGGCCCUUGUUCUAUGCUAUUUUCUGGAAACAAAUGUAAAGCACUAUAAUAUGGUUGACAAAAAUGUGAUUGAAAUUGGAGCUGGAACAGGGCUGGUCUCCAUCGUGGCAAGUUUACUUGGUGCACAUGUGACUGCCACAGAUUUACCUGAAUUACUUGGAAACCUGCAAUAUAAUAUUUCCCGAAACACCAAAAUGAAAUGUAAGCAUUUGCCUCAGGUUAAAGAACUCUCCUGGGGUGUAGCUUUAGAUGAGAACUUCCCCAGAUCUUCCAACAAUUUUGACUACAUCCUGGCAGCUGAUGUUGUCUACGCUCAUCCUUUCCUGGAAGAACUCCUCAUUACCUUUGACCAUCUGUGCAAAGAAACUACCGUCAUCCUCUGGGUCAUGAAAUUCAGGUUGGAGAAAGAAAAUAAAUUUGUAGAUAGAUUUAAGGAGUUAUUUGACCUGGAGGAGAUUUCCAGUUUCCCCAGCCUGAAUAUUAAGUUGUAUAAAGCUGUGAAGAAAAGCCGGAGGAGUGCAAGGAAGGGAAAGGUGGUUUCCAGAAGAGUGUUCCUUUAAAGAAGACCCUGGAUGAUCUGAUGUAGCAGUGACUUUCCCAAGUCACUUGCCUCAUACACUUGCCUCACCCCAGACAGGAAUUUUCCCACAUAUAACACCUGAGUCUAGAAGAUGGCUAAGCCAUACCGUGUGGUCAUUGGUUAGGACACAGUCGACUUUUCUUAUCCCUCAAUAGCACCAUUUAUUAUUAUUAUCAUUUUAUUAAAUGGUACUAUUGUUUUUAAUGUGUAAUUGUAGGAUAAUUUUUAAUAUCUCUAAAAUGAACAUUGCUAUUGCUUUAGACAUGAGCUUAUCUGAUUCUUUAGAAAUAAAGAAAUGGAUUACAAUGGGAUCUGCAAGUAAAUCUGAAAAGGCAGAUACAUAAUAUAAUGGUAACUAGGAGAUUAAUUUUGUGGUUUUCCUUAGUGCCACCUUAUAGGUGGUCGAUGGUCUCUCCUUGGCAGGGUAGGCCUCGAGCACAGCCUCUGAAAUCAAUCAUGCAUGUGGAGCUGAGGUUACAGGCAAGGACAUUUCAUUCUAGUAAAUGAAAAAUGACUGGAGGCCAGCAUUAACACAGUUGAGAUUUUGGAGAAGUAAUUGUUUAAUUUUCAAGCCAUGUACAGUUAUGUUGUAUCACAGAGAGAGAAAUAAAUAUAAAAACUUUGGGUUGAAAAUACACAUGAAAAGAUUUGGGCUCCUAAACUCAAAUCACCAGAUACAGGGCUGGUUUUAAAGUUUAAAGCUUUUCUGAUGCACAUAUAUAGACCUGGAUACCUGAAAUCCUACAUGAUUUUCUUCACACAGACCUUAGAGAUUAGAACAAAGACCGAUGUAAUUAAAGUCAGUGCAAGGAGGGUAAAAAACGAGGAUUCUGUACCAGUGGUUCAGACUCCAUUGGUUGGUGGUUAUCACUUUUGUGAUGUUCCUCAGGCUGGUACUUCUUCUCCUAAGCCCAGCCCUGUGCUUUGCUGGAAGUUGUCAGCCACUCAGGGUCCAGCAGAGCUGACAGAAGGACUUCCUAGGAUCCUGAUGUGUAAGAAGGAGGCUGAUGUACUCCCAAUGGGUUUUUGGCUGUGCAGCCCACAGGGCUGUCUCCCAGAGACUCCUGACAUUUAUGUGGUCUUUUCUGGUUUUCACAGUCCAUUACUACAUAAAGUUGUGUGAUCCUCACAACUUUUCUAGGAAGUCUAGGGACUAUCAUUAUCCCUGCCUCACAUGCAGCCUUGCCGGGGCUGUGAGGGUGGUCACCUGCCCCAAGCACACAGCUCCAGAGGGUGGGCCUCAGACCCAGCUUGUCUGAGAAGAGGGCCUGUGUUCUUUAAGUUUAUUUAUUUAUUUUGAGACAGAGAGUGAGAGUGA